CGCAGAAUAUGCACUUCUGUUAGCCAUCAGGGACCACCUCUUCUGGUAAUUUCUUAGCUAUUAGUUUAUGAACGUGACUGAUAAGCUCAGCCUCGCCUUUUUUUAGAAGCCCUGCGUUAACCUCGUCGAUUCCAAGUACUCCUUACAGCUGUAGUUUAUGUAUAGUGCCUGCAUGCUCCCACUACUGAAGUAUAUAAGAUAUUCUUGCUGCUUACGCUACUUAAGUAGAUAAGAACAUAACGUCGAUAAAUAAAGGUCAGCCUUCAUCUAAUUGCGCAAUUACAUAUGAGAAUUAUUCAUACGGAGAUAAGUGUACUGAUCUGUUCUGGAAAAGAACUUGGUCUCAUUUGCCAAGUUCUUUUAAUAGAAGCACAAUCUAAAAGACCAAUCAUAAGCUGUGCAAAGCGAGUUAAGAUGGUGCGGAGUUAUUUGUUAUAUUUCAUUGGAAUAUUCGCGGGCUUUAUUCCGAUUGCUCAUAGCUGCACAAAAACAAUAACUGUGAUGAGAUGGCGUCCCGAAACACAGACGUACUAUGAAGUCGAGAGAUACAAGAAAAAAUGCAACAUAUUCUUUAAAUGCUGGCGAACGCGCAGUGUUGUUAGGGAGAGACAAAUUUCCGUAUCAUACAUUGACUUUUCGGAGGUGUGCUGUGAUGGCUACGUACUGCAUUCCGGUCGGCUCUUAUUUUAACUCUAACUGGCGGUGUCAUCUUUUCUUCAGUGGUAGUAGCUGCCUUCGUUGUUUACUAUUGGAGACGGAAAACUAAAGAA